GGUUCUGCUUCAGAUCCAUGGCAAUGGAUUCUGGUAAAUUUCUCAGCACCCAGAUUCCCUUAAGGGUUUUGGGUUGCCUUUGAACUUCACCUUCUGUUAAAGUUUAAACCUUUAUCUGCCUCUUGAUUCUGGUUUGGGUCGUUUUUCUUUUCCAAUAUUGGGGGCAAAGAUCUGAGCUGGGUUUGGAGCAGGGUUUUUGCAGUUCUUCUGGGAAUAGUUUUUGGAAGUUGAUUGGUUGCUAUUAGACUCUUGUUAUUCAAGUUUGAAUAUUCUCUUUACCAGUUUCUCUCUUGAUCAAAUUUUAGAAAGGAUUGGAUAUCUGAGGCAGGGUAUCAAGUGACUGGACUAGUUGGAGUUUGUUGAGUGUCUGUUAGUUGUGCUUUGUAAUUGCCAGUAGCUUCUCAAGGAUUGGAUUGACCAUCUAACUAUAGUCAGGAGAUAAAAAGAGAAUUUGAUGGGGUAAACAUUCUACCCUGCAGUGGCAUCCAAUUGGGAAUGAUUGAAAGCAUCAGAUUAGUGUCUGAUGAUCACAGUUAGCUCUUAAUGAUUGAACAUGUAGUAGUCAUGAAAAAGUUGUUUGAUCUGCGCAAGUGUAUUGGAAUAGAGUGCGCAGCCACCUUAUCAGGACCUUCAUUGGAUGUACUUUCUUUAGGCAUUUAUGUUAUCCAGUGACAGUAACCUAGUUCAUGUAUUGUGGUGUAAGUAGCUGUUACUAGUGAGCAGUGUCUUGUCACAUGGGUUGGAACACUGAGAAUCCAACAGUCGUGCAGUUUAUCUAGGGUUGUACUCAAUUGGCGAUCCUGUGGCUUGAAAGUGUUUAUCACUAGUUCUCCUGUAUUAGUUCUUUAUGCCCUCAUCAUUCCUCUUCGUUAGUGUCCCCAAAUUCUAGGCCCUCUUUUCCCUGUUGUGCUCUUGUCACUCUUCAUCUAUCUCAUCAUUAAAGUUCUUCCAUCUUUCCUUUUCUUCACAAGGAGCGGCUAGCUCAGUUGGCAAUUCUAGUUGGUUCAGUAAUUCAGGAAGUCCCUCCGCAAGCUGAACAGAUCCAUCUUAUUCCCACAAAAGAAAAUCAUUGCACCGCCAAUUUCGCAUGUCCAAGAGUCUGAUAGCUCAUAUGGAAUCUGCUAGCUCUAACGCUAACAAUAUGCCAGGCGUUGUCCAUCAGUUGCUUCCUGUUGUUGGACCCAUGCUUCUGAUUGCAGUUGGAUAUCUUGACCCUGGAAAGUGGGCGGCAACUGUUGAAGCAGGUUCCCGUUAUGGAACUGAUCUGGCUGCAGUAAUGCUUAUAUUCAAUUUGGCUGCUAUUUUAUGUCACUAUCUGUCAGCACGGAUUGCUGUAGUCACUGGAAGAGAUCUUGCUCAGGUUUGCAGUGAGGAAUAUGACAAGGCUACAUGCAUAUUCUUAGGAGUACAAACAGAGAUGUCGGUGAUUGUGUUGGACCUUACCAUGAUCCUCGGUAUCGCACAUGCACUUAAUCUUCUGUUUGGGUGGGACUUGUUCACAUGUGUGUUUUUGACUGCUGCUAAUGCUGUUUUAUACCCUCUUUUUUCCACCCUCCUGGAGACUUGCAAGGCGAAAUUCCUUUGCGUAUGCAUAUACAUUGCAGGAUUUCUACUGCUUUCCUUUGUUCUUGGAGUAUUUAUCAGUCAACCACAAGUGCCACUUUCCAUGACUGGGAUGUUAACAAAACUGAGUGGGGAAAGUGCUUUUUCACUGAUGAGUCUUCUUGGAGCAAGUAUAAUGCCCCACAGUUUUUAUCUUCAUUCUUCUAUUGUGCAGCAGCAUCAGCAACAACCAACUGUUUCUAAGGAUGCCUUGUGUCAGAACCAUUUUGUUGCCAUCUUCUGCACCUUUAGUGGUAUUUAUCUGGUGAAUUAUGCCCUCAUGACCUUAGCAGCAAAUGUAUUCUACACUUCACGUGGUUUGCUCACAUUUCAGGAUGCAAUGUCCCUAAUGGAACAGGUCUUUUGGGGUCCAAUAGUACCUGUUGCCUUCUUGCUAGUUCUCUUUUUAUCAAAUCAAAUCACAACAUUAAGCUGGAGUCUGGGGGGACAAGUAGUCUUGAAUGAUUUUUUAAAACUAGACCUUCCUGGUUGGCUUCACUGUGCUACAAUCAGAAUCAUUGCCAUUGUUCCUGCUCUGUAUUUUGUUUGGAGCUCAGGAGCUGAGGGGAUGUACCAACUGCUUAUAUCUACACAGGUAUUGGCAGCCUUGCUACUGCCGUCUUCUGUGAUCCCUCUUUUUCGUGUUGCUGCUUCAAGACAAAUAAUGGGAGCCCAUAAGAUCUCUCAGUUCGUUGAAUUCUUGGCCCUCAUUACACUUAUUGGGAUGCUUGGAUUAAAACUUGUCUUUGUAGUGGAAAUGAUUUUUGGGAAUAGUGAUUGGGUGGAUAAUUUGAGAUGGGAUGCUGGGAGUAGUAUGUCUGCACUUCUCAUCACUGCUUCUGCAUCAUUUUGUUUGAUGAUUUGGCUGGCAGCUACACCGUUAAAAUCUGCAAGUGCUCGAUUAGAGAACCAGGUGUGGAACUGGGAUAUGCCUAAGGGUGUAUCUGAGCCAUUUAGAAAUAGGGAGGAGAUUGAUAUAGCUGAACCUAAUUAUCAUAGAGAUGCAAGUGUUCAGAAGCAUGAACCAUCACCAUCUUCUGGGAAGGCUUUGGAUAGAGACUCGGAUACAGCGGUUGCAAAUUUUGAUUUUGUUCUGCCCGAAACUCUCUUGGAGCCUGAUCAGGAGCUUCAAUCAACUACCUCAGAGGAAAAUAGUUCUCUUAAUACCUUUCCUCGCUCUGCCAAAUGCAAUAAGGAGGAAACCACAUCUGUGGUGGAGUCAAUUCGCCUCCCAACUGUGGCUAGUGAGGUUUCUGAUGUUACAUCACUGGGCACCAGUACUGUGAAAGUUGGAUCAACAGAGCCAGUUGAGAAGAUUCUUGGAGUUGAAGGAGACUUACCAACUGAAAAAGAUGAUGAUGAGGGAGAUACCUGGGAACCUGAAGAUUCCUUGAAAGAGGUUUCUGGGGGCACCACUUCAUUGACAUCUGAAGGUCCAGGAUCAUUCAGGAGUCUCAGUGGAAAAGGUGAUGAAGGGGGGAGUGGUGCUGGAAGCCUUUCAAGAUUAGCAGGGUUGGGGCGUGCUGCUAGACGUCAACUGGCUGCAGUACUCGAUGAGUUUUGGGGACAACUGUAUGAUUUCCAUGGUAAUGUAAUUCAAGAAGCAAAGGCUAGGAAACUGGAUCUGUUGUUGGGGUCAGAUUCAAAGGCUUCUUCCUCCGCUUCCUCCGUGCUGAAAGAUGAUACCACUGCAAAGGAAGUUUCUGGAUACUUUCCAUCAGUAGGAGGCAGAGGAUCUGAUCCUUUAAUCAACUCAAGUUUAUAUGACUCCAUAAAUCAGCCAAGGCUGCAAAACAGUUUAGAGUCAUCAUAUGGUGCUCAAAGGGGAUCUUCCUCAUUAUGGUCUGGCCACAUACAGUUGCUGGAUGCGUAUGGACAAAAUUCAACCUGCAGUAUUAUUGACUCGGGUGAGAGGCGCUAUUCAAGUGUGCGCAGUAUACCAUCUUCAGACUUGGGUGAGAGGCGCUAUUCAAGUGUGCGCAGUAUACCAUCUUCAGACUUGGGUGAGAGGCGCUAUUCAAGUGUGCGCAGUAUACCAACUUCUGACUCGGGUGAGAGGCGCUAUUCAAGUGUCCGCAGCAUACCAUCUGCUGAGAGCUGGGAUUACCAGCCAGCCACAGUACACGGUUAUCAGAUUUCAUCGUAUCUUAAUAGUAAUGACAGAAGUUCUGGUAACUUGAAUGGUCAAAUGGAAUCACCAGCCCUAAAUUCUGCUUCUUCAUUGGGUGCUGGAAACUACAGAGAGUCACUUGCAUUUACCAUGGGGCAGAAGUUGCAAAAUGGGUUAGGCUCUGGACAGGCCUCCAGUUUUCAGAACCUUACGGUAUCUCGACAUAGUCCGUUGCAAUCUGAAAGACCAUAUUAUGAUGUACACUCUUCUGGAAUUUCUGAGAAUGUGGUAAAUUCAGCCAAUGCAAAGAAAUACCACAGUUUACCUGACAUUCACCGCGAUCUCUACAUGUCUAAUAAAAGUGCUCAACGGGAUGCUCCCCCUGGGUUUGGGAAAACUAAUUAUGAAUCAUCCUUGUAUCCAAAAUCUGUUGCACGGACAGGAGGUCCUUUGGCAUUUGAUGAACUCUCUCCAUCAAAAGUCUAUAGAGAUGUUCUAUCAUCCCAACAGAAUUCUAAUUUUGGCACUGGAUCUCUCUGGUCUAGACAGCCUUUUGAGCAAUUUGGUGUAGCUGAUAAUAAUCGUUCUAUUGGGACUGCAGUUGGUAGUAGAGCAGGUUCUGCAGGUCAGGAAGCUAUGUCAGUUGCAGAUUCAGAGGCGAAGCUUCUUCAGUCUUUUAGACACUGCAUUGUGAAGCUUUUGAAGUUGGAAGGGUCUGACUGGUUGUUUAGACAGAAUGAUGGAGUGGAUGAGGAUCUAAUAGAUCGUGUGGCUGCCAGGGAGAAAAUUAUUUAUGAAGCUGAAACUAGAGAGAUUAAUCGAACAGUUCACAUGGGUGAAUCUCAGUACACUUCUGACAGGAAGUCAACUUCUGCAAUAAAAAUGAGUGAUGCAAAUCUCACCCAUCUCAUGGUUUCCUCAGUUCCUAAUUGUGGGGAAGGUUGUAUCUGGAGAUCUGAUCUAAUAAUAAGCUUUGGGGUCUGGUGUAUCCAUCGGAUUCUUGAUUUGUCCCUUAUGGAAAGCCGGCCAGAGCUCUGGGGGAAAUAUACUUACGUUCUCAAUCGACUUCAGGGGAUUAUUGAUUCUGCGUUUUCGAAGCCUCGUUCUCCAAUGUCUCCAUGCUUCUGCCUUCAAAUUGCAGCAGCACAGCAGCAGAAGUCCAGUCCAACAUUUUCGAAUGGAAUGUUACCCCCUGCUGCGAAACCAGCCAGGGGAAAAUGCACUACAGCUGCAACACUCGCGGACAUAAUCAAGGAUGUGGAGACUGCAAUCUCUUGUCGAAAGGGCCGAACGGGGACGGCAGCCGGUGAUGUGGCUUUCCCGAAGGGAAAAGAAAAUCUGGCAUCUGUCCUCAAACGCUACAAGCGGCGAUUAUCCAACAAACCUGUUUGCACUCAGGAGGGGCCUUCCCGUUCACGGAAGGGUGCUCCAACAUCUGCUCCUUAUGGGUCAUAACUUUCACAUACACAUCACAGUUGAUCUCAUCUGGGUUAUUGAGCUGUUUUUGAUUUUGGGACAACGGCUCAUCUUUUGGAUCAAACUGCUCACGCGAAGCAGAGAAGGGCUGCUCUUUCGGAUCAAAGGGCUUAGUCAAUUCAAAUUCUCUCAUUGUAUCAAAGCCAUUGCUGCAAAAUUGUAUUUCCUUAUAUGUUAACAUAUACAUAGGGUAAGAACAGCUGAAUCUGUAAUUGCAGCCUCAUCAAAGAAAAUGGGUAGAAGGUGAAAAAUUUGGUUAUUGCAAUUUUUGUGUUGCUUGCUUCUGUUCUAAUAAAAUGGGAAGUUUAAAA